GAAAUGUCCUGCCGUACUAAUUUUGGCCGCUAGACCAUGUUCCGACGUCACCAAGUUCCACAGAACGCCAUAAAGAGAAUUCCUAGUGAGUAAGUGAGUGAGAACCAACCAGUCCAGCAGCCCAACAUUGAGAUGGACCAGUCUCGGAUCUUCGGGACACCGCUGUCCCCCAUCUUCAACAUGCGCCACUCAUGGGGCAUGUCUGCUGAGCUGCUAGAGGACACGCUCUACAUACUCGCAGCAGAAAACGAGAGAGCCAUGAAGAGCGCAGACCAGGCUAUUGGCUGGUUCAAGCAUGGGAAAGCUGCAGAGAUGCUGUUUCUGGUGUGUGAGGAGUUUAAGCUGCCCCCUGAGGUACGUUACCUGGCUGUGGAGACCUUAGAUAGGUUCCUGAUGCGCCAUGUUCAGCACCUGUACGCCUCAGUCAAGGGCAAAGGUCAGGGGUCAGCGGCUGAGUGGUCCCGUGUGGAAGGUCAGCUGCAGAAACAGAUGAUGCUGUGGGUCCUGGUGUGUGUGGUGGUGGCCAGUAAAGUGGCCUCACACUACAAGAUUGUGACUCCUGGUAAAGCCUGUCGGUUUCUGGUCGAUGCUGGUCACAACUUCACAAGGUCAGAGGUCAUCAAAUCAGAGAUGAAGGUUCUGAAGACCUUGAACUUUAACCUCAGUGUCCCCUCACCCCUGACCUACCUGGAGACUUUGUUGGAGAUUCUGGGUCACAAUGACUCGUCAGUGGAGGUGAAAGUGCUUCAUGCCACCAGCCUGAAGGUGUUAGACCUCACCUACAUGCAGAGGCACCUGGUGUACAACAAACUGUACAUGAUGGCUACUCGCUCCAACACACCUGCCUCACCGGACAGGGAGAAGUUUGUGACUGUGGAGUGUGACCUGAUGCUGUUGGCUGUGGCUGUCAUCGGUGCUACCUCCUACAUUCUGGACAUGACAACAAGUGACAAGGUGAUAGACCAGUUGGGCUGUAUCACCCGGAUACCAGGAGAGGACAUUGUGGACUUUGCAACCAUCCUGGUGGAGUGUCUCAUCCCCAGUGACCUCCGCAUUAUCCAGUAAAUAACACCACCUACUGGUGAUGGGCAAAACUGCAGUGCAAACCUAUGCCUCUUAAAACUUUGGGCUUUUUCUAGAUGUCCUACUGAAAGAUACAGAGGGAGCUUUGUCUGUGGUAUCAGGAAAUUUUGCUUUUGGACAAUUUCCAACAGUAGAUACAUUGACCACCACCGUUUCAGUACCAAGGAUAGUGUUUUCUUGUUCAGAUUUGAUGACAAGAUAAACAAACUGCUGAAAUAUUACUAGUAUCUCAAAGCAGAUGCUUGCGCAGAAGAUUGCAAGGUUUUCAGACUCAUGCCUACUCACCACAACAUUUACAAAGAGGUGUACAUAGCUGUCAGAGAAUCCAGGCAAUCUUUUACCCCAACAUCUGCUUGGAGAUUAUUUGAUAUAGCAGGAAUGGUUUGCUGUUGAACAUUGAGCCUUUUAUCUGUAUUCUAAAUGUUCCAGUUAAGUUAUGAGGUGACAAAAAGUUAAUAAAACAGCCAUUUUUGUCAGACUGUUUAGGCAAAGUUGGGUAUAUAUGGUACAAGACAUAUGAUACAUAUGAUAUACGAUUUAUGAUUAAAUAUAGUAAUAUGAUAGUCAACAGUAAAUCUAUAGGAGCAGAUGAAAAAAUUCUUUGUUACUUUGUCAUUUAUGUUUUCAUAUUGUAGGUACGAAUUGCCUUCAUUUAAAACAAUAAACGUGUACAUAUCCUUUGA